AUGGCUAUGGACCUGGGAGAUGGGAAAAAUUAUUCUGCCAAGUGUAGGAGUAAACACCUACACCCAGUGGCAUCAUUUUUUCAUUUAUUCUUUCGAAUUGGCGCAAUAAUUGUCUAUCUUCUCUGCGAAUUGCUAAGCAGCAGCUUUAUUGCCUGUAUGGUGACAAUUAUCUUGUUAUUAUCGUGUGACUUUUGGACAGUGAAGAAUAUAACUGGCAGGCUCAUGGUUGGUUUGCGCUGGUGGAACCAUAUAGAUGAUGAUGGAAAGAGUCACUGGGUAUUCGAGGCUCGAAAGGAUUCAAAUCAAGAGAAAAGAACCUCUUCAGAAGCUGAGUCACGGAUUUUUUGGUUAGGACUAAUUUCCUGUCCAAUUAUGUGGGUGAUAUUUGCCUUUAGUGCUCUCUUCUCUUUCAAAUUGAAGUGGUUGGCAGUGGUCACCAUGGGUGUGGUACUACAAGGUGCCAAUCUGUAUGGCUAUAUCAGAUGCAAAGUAGGCAACCAAAGUAAUUUAACUAGUAUGGCUACCACUUAUCUUGGAAAGCAGUUCUUGAGACAAAACAUUAAAGAUGAUCAAAUAUCUUGAAGAUGAGAAGACACACAUCUCAUAUUGAAGAACAGUUGAAAAGAUUGUCUCAAUCCUUUUGGAACUGAGUAAAUAAUUCGCAGGGGGCAUCAUUAGAGAUUUUUCUCAUUGAAAAUUUAAAAAAAACCUUUUUUAUAGGAAGAUAAUGUUUUUGGCAAAAAAUUCUGUCUUAGGAUUAUUUUUUUAAGGUUGUCUCAAAACCAAAUAGGGUGUGCUCAUUCAUAAUUUUAGAAGAAGGGAAAUUACCUAAAAUAUCAGGAGUUUGUACUGAGUUUUUGGCUUGCAUUUCAGAAAUCAUCACUUUACAAUACUAUAUUCAUGGUGAAAAUUUUUGUCUUAAAUUGUAAACAAGCAAAUAAAAUGAUAUGCCCUACUCAGUUUGUCAAUACUAUUAAAUCUAAAUAAUUUUUAAGGGAAGUAUUUAUUUUGGUCUUCAGCAAGCUGUUUAUUCAUGUGCUAUUUAUUAUAUGUGGCUUGGUCUAGCAAUAUUAGGGGCUUCUUAUAUGCUUCUAAUUAGUUGAGUUAUAGUUGUACAGUUUGCUUUGAACUCUUAUUUUGGAAAAUCUUACUAAAAGUACACAUAAUAAAGUAUUACUUUUAAUGUUA